AAACGAUUGGCCAGGAUAUACAACACUACUGCCUCAAAUAUCUUUCAGCAGGAACACUGAAGAGAGGAUACAUCGCAGUUUAGAGAGGACCUGAAUGUGUUACCAUGGUGACCACUCACACACACAUCACCCUGUCACUCCUGCUGUUCCACAUUCUCCCGGCCACAACGGCUCAGGUUGAUGACCUCAUCGAUGACCUCAUUGUCGCCACGAACCGCGGCAGAGUCCAGGGCACUCAGCUUCCCGUGCCAGGUGGUGGAUAUGUCAGAGCAUUCCUGGGAAUUCCCUAUGGGAGCCCCCCCGUUGGGGAACUGCGUUUUCGCCCUCCUCAGCCUGCAGAGGGGUGGACAGGGGUACGACAUGCCACCCGCUACCCCAACUCCUGCUUCCAACCCCGGGAUAUAACCUUUCCUGGGUUCCAUGGAGCUGAGAUGUGGAACCCCAACACCAAGAUGAGUGAAGACUGUCUCUACCUCAACAUAUGGACUCCUCCCCCUUCGUUUAAGACACACCCUAAACGUUCCAAGAGCUCCUCCCCUGAUUCCUCAUUGGCUCCUGUCAUGGUGUGGAUAUACGGGGGCGGGUUCACUACAGGCACCGCCUCCCUAGACCUGUAUGACGGACAAUUCCUUAGCCAAUCAGAAGGCGUGGUGGUAGUGUCCAUGAACUACAGGCUCGGCCCGUUGGGUUUCCUGUCUCUUCCUGAGAGCGAGGUUGUCCGUGGCAACGCUGGAAUGCUGGACCAGCGCUUGGCUCUGCACUGGGUAGCCAAUAACAUCGCUGCCUUCGGCGGCGACCCUUCAAAGGUGACGUUGUUUGGGGAGAGCGCUGGCGCUGCGUCUGUGGGUCUCCAUCUCCUCUCCCCUGGCAGCCAUGGUCUGUUCAACAGGGCAAUACUACAGAGUGGUUCCCCUAACACUCCAUGGGCUGUCAUGACUCAACAGCAGGCCUGGAACAGGUCACUGUCCCUGGGUAGGCUGCUGGGUUGUCCCCUGGCACCUCUGGCUGUCCUGGAGCAGUGUCUACUAAGAGCCCAUCCAGAGGAUAUAAUCAACCAGCAGUACAACGUCCUCUCUCUCCCCACGCUCAUUGCAUUACCAUUUACCCCCUCUGUCGACCAAAACUUCCUACCAGACAUGCCCGAGGUUCUGCUCCGGACGGGACACUUCCUGAAGAAAGAGGUGCUGAUUGGUUUGAACCAAGAUGAGGGGACCUACUUCCUGGUUUAUGGGGCGCCAGGAUAUGACAUCACUAGCCAGAGCCUGAUCAGCAGGGAGAACUUCCUGAAAGGGGUGGACCUAGUGUUGCCGGGAUUCAGUAAUGUCACGAGGGAGACAGCCAUCUUCCAGUACACUGAUUGGACAGAUGAGAAUAGUGCGUUGAAGAAUCGUGAUUUGCUCGGACGAAUGGUGGGAGACCGUUAUUUUAACUGCCCUGUGCUGGAGUUUGCCCAGAGGUACACAGAACACGGGGGUAAGGCCCGCCUCUUCCUGUUUGACCACCGCUCCUCCACCAAUUCCUGGCCGGCAUGGAUGGGUGUGAUGCACGGCUAUGAAAUUGAGUUCGUCUUUGGAAUGCCGCUGAACAGCACCCUGGGAUACCUGGAGGACGAAGUGGUCAUGAGCAGGAGGAUGAUGAAGUACUGGGCGAACAUGGCUAGGACCGGGAACCCAAGCAUAGAGGAAGGGGAUUGGCCACUUUUCACCCUGGACCAACAGGAAUACAUCACCCUAAACUCUUCCCCUCCACACACUCAAAAGAGGCUUGUAGCUCAUCAAUGUCAGUUCUGGAACAACUUCCUCCCCAAACUGCAGGACGUCACUGUGAGUGUAGAUGAGGUAGAACAGCAGUGGAAGAAACACUUCCAUCGUUGGAUGUCCUACAUGUUGGAGUGGAAGAAACACUACUCUGACCAGAGCCUGAGCAGCCCAGAGGUACAGAACCAGCAGGACUGUGACCAGACGCCCUUGGAGCCCUAGACCUGGGACUGGACCCCUCAACCCAUCCAUUACUCUGGUCUGGACUGGACCACAGUGGAUUGGAUUGGAUUGGACUAGACUACACUGGACUGGAGCUUCAAUUAUGGUGCACAUGUAAUUAGUUCAUGGGUAAUUGGAGAUAACGUUUUCAAAGACUAACUUUAAAAUUAUACUUUGCUUUUUACUGAGACAAUAAAUUGUGUUGUCAGUAAAUAAAAGUUCACAACCCACAUUUGUUUUUGAAUGUAAUGCCAGGCCUUUUCACUGCUACAUCAGUCUGCACUGUGGUAUUUGUUCUUGUCCUUUCAAUUGUACCUGUGUCUUGCUUUUGUGUAUCUGACGAUGUUAUGUUUCUGUGUGUUUGGUGGGGUAAUGUAACGGGAGAGAUGUUUCUGUGUGUUUGGUGGGGUAAAGUAAUGGGAGAAGAUGUUUCUGUGUUUUUGGUGGGGUAAAGUAAUGGCUCACAUAGUGUUAACGUAAAGAUAAUCAAUAGGAAAUAAACUAUUCUGGUUGGAUUAGCUUUUAUACGAUAAUUUCCAGUCCUUUGAUACAAGAUUCAUUUGCGUGUGUGUGUCUACGUGUGUGUGUUUGUGUGUGUGUGUGUGUGUGUGUGUACCGUAUGUUCACUGUUUACAUUUACUGUGUCUAUGGAUGUAUACAUGUAGAUUUAAACAAAUCAUUUCUUCAUACAGAACUAUGCAUGCUAUGUGGUGGCGAUAAUGCUGACUGCUCUAAGUGGGACAUUCAUUUAUCUAUUCAUCUCUUUUACUUGUUAUGUAUGUAUUUUUCUGUAACAGAUGGUCUGAGAUCCUUAAAUGCCAUAGCUUUUAUUUGGGCCAUAACCAGUCUGGAACAUUCCUCAAAAACGUUGCAUGUGCACGCUCACACACACACACACACACACACACACACACACACAGACACACACACGCACACACACACACACACAGACAUACACGUACACACACACACACACACACACAGUCAGUUUGGACCGUUACUUCCUGUGUGACCUUUUAAAAGUGACUCGAUGUAAGAUGGCUGCCGGCUCCCACCUCAAGGUGUGCGUGUGGAGGGUGAAGAUAGGCAGACGAGACGUGACCAUUGGCAUUACCCGUGUCAUCGAUGUGGCAUUUUCCAAAGAGAGAGUGCAUUGUCUGUGGUGGGAGUCAUGCGUUAUUGAUCUUUGCAUAGAGAGAGAGAGAGAGAGAGAGAGAGAGGUAAACUAUAAAUGAAUGUGUAAUGGGUUGUCUGGGUGAUACAGAAAUAGGGUUUUUUAAAGUAGGUUUGUGUGGUGGACCUUUUUAUUGGCUUGGGUUUGAUUUCUUUAGUUUGAUUGCUUUUGAGGUGUAACACUUUAAAUAAAGUUUGAGUUGAUUUUA